CAACUUUCUGGAAACUUGGACCCUGCGGCGGCCGCCCCAAGAAAUCUGCAACCUCCACCGCGACACUGCCUUUUUUUUUUUUUAACUUGUGUUUCUUCGUCUGUCCGCAACACGACGCCGUCCCGCCCGCGCUCAGCGCCAUAGCCCAGCCAUGGACAUCUUCAAGAUCCUGUCCCGCGGGACCGUCAAGACGUCCAAGGGCGCGCAGCUCGGCGCCAAUGCCGCCGCCGCCGUGAAGCUCCCGUCGGCCGGCACCCGGACGAACCCGCAGCUCUUCCACGACGACGUCCGCGGCCAGAAGCGCAAGCGCAACGGCGACGAGCCCGACAAGGAGCCGUCGCCCCAAGAAGACCUGCCCGUGGUGGACUUUUUCGCCCCCAAGGCCGAGUCCGCUGCCGGCAAGAAGCAGCAGCCCGAGGCGCACAAGGCGGAUCGCGCGCCGAGUCCCGCGCCCAUGCCCACGAAGAAGCUGAGCGAGGACGAGUGCCGCCAGCUGCUGCGGUCGCAUCGCCUGAAAAUCACGCUCAUGUCCAAGGUGGAGGAGCAGAACAAGGUCACCAAGUCAAAGAAAAAGAAGAAGAAGGCGGUCGUCGAGGCGAAGAAGGAGGAGAAGAGGCAGCUGUUCCCUCAGCCCCUCGAGUCAUUCGGCGACCUGCGGACCAACUACGGCAUCUCCCGAAGGGUUGCCGAGAACCUCGUCGCGCAGGGCUACCGCGUCCCCACGGAGGUGCAGCUGGGCAGCCUGCCCCUGCUGCUGCACCCGGAGCUCGCGCUGGACGACAAGGAGGGCCUCGAGGAGGGCAUCGACUUUCUCGCCGUCGCGCCGACUGGCAGCGGCAAGACAAUCAGCUUCCUCAUACCGGCCAUCAACAACAUCAUGCGGAGAAGAGCCGAGGCGAAGCUGCACGGGAUCCACGAGCUCGAGGCCGUGGUCGUGGCCCCGACCAGGGAGUUGGCGUUUCAAAUCGUCAACGAGGGCAACAAGCUGGUGCAGGGCACGGGUCUCAAGAUUGCGGGCAUGAAGAAGGGCAUGGCGCUUGCUGCUGAGCAACAGGUGCUCGCCGAGGACAGCUCUGAUGAUGAGCCCGAGGAGAGCGACGAAGAGGACGAGUCGGAGGACGAGGAGAAGAAAAAGAAGCAGUCCCGCAAGCCAGGGUCCGUCACCAAAGCGGACAUUUUGGUCACGACGCCGCUGUUGCUGCUCAACUUCCUCACAUCAGGACCGAGUGGCAUGACCAAGGUCCUGCCUACGGUGCGCGACCUGAUACUCGAUGAGGCGGACGUUCUUUUGGAUCCAUUGUUCCGGGAACAGACGCUGGGGCUGUGGACGGCGUGCACGAACACGAAGCUGAGACUGUCGUGCUGGUCGGCCACCAUGGGCUCUAAUAUCGAGACGCUGGUCACGGACAAGGUCAAGGCCCGGGCCGAGUCCCUGGGCAUCAGCCAGAAGCCGCUGGUACGGCUUGUCGUGGGCCUCAAGGACACGGCGGUGCCCAACGUGGUGCACAAGCUCACUUAUACGGCGAGCGAGCAGGGCAAGCUGCUGGCGCUGCGACAGCUCCUGCACCCGACGGCGAGCGACGACUCGGGCCCUCCGCUGCGGCCGCCGUUCCUCGUCUUCACGCAAACCAUUGACCGCGCGACGGCGCUCCACGAGGAGCUCAAGUACGACAUACCGCUCGAGGCGGGCGGGUCGUCGCGGAUCGCGGCGCUGCACAGCGGGUUGCCCGACUCGGCGCGGGCGGCCAUCAUGCGCAAGUUCCGCGCGGGCGAGAUCUGGGUGCUCAUCACGACGGACGUGCUCGCGCGCGGCGUCGACUUUGCGGGCGUCAACGGCGUCGUCAACUACGACGUGCCCGGGUCCAGCGCCGCGUACGUGCACCGCGCGGGGCGGACGGGCCGGGCGGGUCGCGAGGGCGGCGUGGCCGUCACCUUUUACACCAAGGAGGACAUACCCUUCGUCAAGACGGUGGCCAACGUGAUCGCGGCGAGCGAGCGGCAGGCGGGCAAGACGGGGGCCGAGGCGGGCGUGCAGAAGUGGCUGCUCGACGCGCUGCCCAAGGUGACCAAGGCGGACAGGAAGAAGCUGAGGGAACGCGGCGUCGAGGCGCGCCGCAGCGGCACGAGCAAGGCCAAGAUCACGUCGACGAGCGGCUACGAGCGGCGCAAGCAGCACAACAGGCAGGGGGCCAUUGAGGGCAGCAAGAGGCGCAAGACGACGACGACGACGACGGACAGGGAGGGGGGUGAUGAUGACGGCGACGGCGGCGAGUGGGCUGGCUUCGGGAGCUAGUUCAAGUCAGGAGCCGCCAGCUGCUGAUGGUAUUCGACUCCAAGAGGCCCUCCUGUGCGCGUCCCAUUCAUGACACGCGCCCCUACCGGUGUUAUCCCGUCCGUCCACCACCAAACGCCGACGAUAUAGGGGACGAGGGACGGGGGUGCCCCCGUCACAACCGGGGUGCAAACGCCCACAGUCCCCCACGGUAGUGGUAUUGUGGAAAUCGAUGAGAUUGAAGAGGGGGUAUAAAAGAGUACGCCAAGCGAGGGAGCAAUCGAGGCCGUGGCGCCCAUUUCUUCUUGGCCGCGGAUAUUUAUUACUUUUGCACGCCAGCCCUGUCUAGACAUUUCAACGAUUAAUAAAUGCCCUGAACUGGUGCUCUUACAUGCG